GGGGUCACGAACGCCAAAUGUCUUCAAACUCGUUGGCCGUUCAAGCUCUACACUGGAUCACACCUAUCGCGAUCGGCACAAUCUUCAGCAUCGCGCGGCUCGUUGCAUUCUGCACACUUCAGAAACCAUCCAGAUGUUCGCGUGGCUUGGCCAAAACUAGGCAGGUUGUGUCUGUGAUCGUGCAAGCUUUGGAAUAUGCGCUGCAUCAAUUUCAAGGGCUAGAGCAGCAAGACGUGUCGCAGGACACCCAGGCUUACAUUGGAGGAUCGGUAUUCAUUUGGGGAACUGUGACGAUCAACCUACUGGGCAAGCCGAAGCGCAUCUGGCAUCCUUAUCUUACGACAUGGAUCAUAGGUGCAUUGUCUGAGACAUGUGUUCUUCUGGUCGAGCAUUUCUCUAGACCAGGCAAGUCCUAUCUAGGCGUCGAGGCUAUUCUGCAGACUGGUCGUAUCUCGUGUCUGUUGGUCCUUGUCGGAAGUGUGGCUUGCUUCUCUGUGCGCCGCAAGCUAUCUCAGCACCGAGCCGAUGAAGAACAUCGACCUUUGCUCGGUACUGGUGGCAGGAUGCAUGAAGAUUAUGCUUCGAUCGAAUCUGAAGAUGAAGACGAUGAUUUACUUACUGUUACAGACGAGGAUGAUGGUCCAGACCAGACAAAAGAACUGAAGGCAAAGCAGAAGAAGCGCUUACAAGAGUGUGGAAGCUGGAUGGCAUAUCUGAAAGAUUUCAAAAUGCUUGCAAAGCUUGCCUGGCCUUCUGGAGAUCGAUAUGCCAAAAUAUGCCUGGCCAUUCUGAUUGUCGUGAUACUUACUGACAGAGCUUUGAAUCUCUUGGUACCGAGGCAGCUUGGAAUUAUCACCGACAAGCUCUCUUCCGUACAUGAGACUGGUGAAAUUCCUAUCAAGGAGAUCGGACUGUGGAUGCUAUAUGUGUGGCUCAGUUCUUAUGCAGGCCUUCAUGCGAUCACACAAUUCUGUCAAUUACCGAUCGAACAACAUGCUUAUCGAAAGAUUGGAACGACAGCGUUCGGUCAUAUCAUGAAUCUGUCCAUGGAUUUCCACAGCAACAAACAUUCAGGAGAGCUAAUGGCAGCUAUCGGGCAGGGUCAACACUUAUAUCGACUUUGUGAUUUCAUCUUUCUCGAUGUGGGCCCAAUGGCCUUCGAUCUUGUCAUAGCGCUGGUCUAUGUCACUCUUCUCUUCGACGCAAGUAUAACGUUGAUCAUGAUUCUGGUCGGAGUUGGCUAUACGUGUAUCGGAACCAAAUCGAGUUCUUGGGCCAUGCAACGCCGCAGACGAUACAACCAAGCCCAACGAAAUGAGUCCAAGGUCCAGAACGAGAGCAUCGGAAACUGGCAGACGGUUGCACACUUUAACAUGGCCGAUUAUGAGUGCACCCAGUACUCAAAGGCAGUCGAUGAGCACAAUGUUGCAAGAGGACGUUAUUACAUGGUGCACUACGCAGGAUACGCUGCGCAAAAUCUUCUUCUACUCCUUGGUCAGCUUUCUGCUGCGCUGCUUGCAGCAUACCGUGUGUCUCGUGGUGGAGCGCCAGUUGGCAAUUUUAUCACUUUGGUAACAUAUUGGCAUACGAUUGAAGCUCCACUGACUAGCGUCUCGUUUUCUGUCAGGCAACUGUCCCAGAUGCUAAUCGACUCGGAACGAUUACUGGAGCUUUUACGUACCCAGCCCAGUGUUGCUGACCGCUCUGGAGCAAAACCUCUACGCUUCACGCAAGGCAGGAUCGAAUUUGACAAUGUCAGAUUCUCUUACGACGUUCGAAAAGCCUCUCUUGACGAUGUCUCUUUCGUCGCAGAAGCUGGCAAGACCAUCGCACUUGUUGGCGAGACAGGUGGUGGAAAGUCGACGAUCCUGAAGCUACUCUUCCGAUACUAUGAUGUGUCGACCGGUGCCAUCAGAAUCGAUGGUCAAGACAUUCGAAACGUCACCCUGAACAGUCUCCGUGCGGCCUUUGGUAUGGUACCUCAAGACCCAUCUCUGUUCAAUACCAGCAUCAUGGAAAAUGUCCGCUAUGCUCGGAUGGAAGCAACAGACGAAGAAGUCAAAGAGGCUUGCCGGGCGGCAGCAGUUCACGAUCGCAUCAUUUCAUUCCCAGAUGGAUAUAAAUCCACAGUUGGCGAGCGUGGUGUAAAACUGAGCGGUGGUGAACUCCAACGCAUUGCCAUUGCCAGAGCAAUCUUGCGUAAUCCACAUAUUGUCCUGCUGGACGAGGCAACGAGUAUGGUCGAUGCCGAGACAGAAGCCGUGAUCCAAGAGGCUUUCAAAAGACUGAGCAGGGGAAGAACGACGUUUGUUGUGGCUCAUCGGUUGUCAACGAUUCAAGAUGCAGAUCUCAUUCUUGUGGUACAGAGUGGCCAGAUCGUUGAAAGGGGCACGCAUGAGCAGCUCUACAAUCUCAAUGGUAAAUACACCAGACUUUGGUCGAAACAGCUGUCAAAGCAGACAACAAAAGUU